CUAACAGAUACAAGGGCUACAGGACAUACACAGGGCUAUAUACAAAGCUCCUGUAAGUUCCCUUGCAUAAAGGAUUUUUCAUUCUGGACAAAAAACGGCUUCAGGAAUUACUAUGACAACAAACGUGAUCAUUCAGCAGUCUCAGCCAGGAUCGACCUCCGUGCACUCAGACCAAUGGAGCACAGGGAUUUUCGACUGCCUGGAUGACAUGUCUGUCUGUUGCGCUGCUUACUGGUGCUUUCCCUGCUUCACCUGCAAAACAGCUGCAGACUUUGGGGAGUGUUUAUGUCUUCCUCUUGUGGACAUCAUGAACAUUUCCCUUCAGAUGUCAGGCAUUCCCUGCGUUCCCCCUGUCUCUCUGGCCCUGAGAGUUGGGGUGCGAAAUCGAUUCGGCAUCCGGGGGGAUAUCUGCUCUGACUGCAUGUAUGUGACCUUUUGUAAUAUGUGUUCCUGGUGCCAAAUAGCCCGUGAGAUGAAGAUACGACAACAGCCAGUCACCAUAAUUAAUUCCAACCCCACUGUGGUCUCAUCCCAACCCACCAUGAUCUCAGCCACAAGCAUGGAGGUCUCACCCCGCCUCACUGUUGCUAAUACUUAGCCAGCUGCUCUCUCUUCACGAUAGUGACCAGGCACAUCCACCAAUCACAGAGAGUGCCUGUGGGUGAUGCUUCAAGCGGUACAAUUAUCCCCCAUAUCAACACUGGGUCAAACAUACAUUUCAUUGUAAUUCAGUGUAGGCUGGUGCAUUUUGGCAAAAAAUGUAAUUAUAUGUAUAACGACAAUACAGUUUGACUGUAAGAUGUGUCCCUUGUCCCAACUUGGUUGUUAUUGUUGUUAUGCAGGAAUGUAAUGGUAUAUAUUUUAGCGCCAGUGGGGGGCAUGUCCCAGCAUGCCCUGUGUGCAGUUGUAAAUAACCCUUGUUGUGUUGUUGUUAAUGUUAAUGGUUACAUUUCCCUAUUGUUGCACAUGUGUUUGCCCGUGUCUUGUGUGUACCCUGUCUGAUCCUUGCAUAUAUUUAGUUUGUGUAAA